AUGGCAGGAAAAGCAGCAGCCGUUUCAAAAGCCUUGAAGAAGGGAAUUUCCAAGAAGGGAACCCGCAUUCACACAAAGGUUCACUUCUACAAGCCCAAGACACUCAAGCUUAACCGCAAGCCCAAGUACGAGAAGAAGAGCACACCCAAGAAGUCUGGUUUGGACAAGCACUCCAUCAUCAAGUACCCACUCACAACAGAGUCUUCCAUGAAGCUUAUUGAGGAUAGCAACACUCUUGUAUUUAUUGUCGAUAUUAAGGCCAACAAGCGUCAAAUCAAGGCCGCCGUCAGAGAUCUGUACAACAUUGAGUGCGAAAAGGUCAACACUCUCAUCACGCCACGAGGAUUGAAGAAGAGUUAUGUCCGACUAAGCAAGGACUACGAUGCUUUGGAUGUUGCUAACAGAGUUGGUGUCAUCUAA